AUCUGUAAGUUUAAGAAACAUAAAUGAACUACUGAUUGGUGAUACAACUACCACCUACUUGGUGACACAUCACCCUGCAGAAUGUAAGCUUAUCUCUCUUAAUGACUCUGGCUGAACACCAGCGUAUGUGAUCUUAUUAGUUACUCUUAGGUAUUACUUUAUGUCAGUUAAUUGCCCUUUUAUACAUGACCCUUUCAAUGGUGUGCUUAUCAGCACUUAGUUAGCCGAGUAAGACUUAUUCAUUAGUGUGCAUGCCAGCACUUGGGUGGCCAAGAAAGCCUCUUAUAACAGUGUGCACGCCAGCACUUACAUGGCCAAGAAAGCCUCUCAUAACAGUGUGCACGCCAGCACUUACAUGGCCAAGAAAGCCUCUCAUAACAGUGUGCACGCCAGCACUUACGUGGCCAAGAAAGCCUCUCAUAACAGUGUGCACGCCAGCACUUACAUGGCCAAGAAAGCCUCUCAUAACAGUGUGCACGCCAGCACUUACGUGGCCAAGAAAGCCUCUCAUAACAGUGUGCCCGCCAGCACUUACAUGGCCAAGAAAGCCUCUCAUAACAGUGUGCACGCCAGCACUUACGUGGCCAAGAAAGCCUCUCAUAACAGUGUGCACGCCAGCACUUACAUGGCCAAGAAAGCCUCUCAUAACAGUGUGCACGCCAGCACUUACGUGGCCAAGAAAGCCUCUCAUAACAGUGUGCACGCCAGCACUUACGUGGCCAAGAAAGCCUCUCAUAACAGUGUGCACGCCAGCACUUACAUGGCCAAGAAAGCCUCUACAUUUGGUGCACCAUACUCUUAGAUGCAACCUGGCCAGGAAAUACUUCUUUGAUUGCGGGCUACUCAUUUGGACAACGGUAGCCAAGGAAGGCUUCUACAAUUGCAAGCUAUGCAUACAGACAACGUCUUCAAUUGUGGGCAUUACUUAUUGAUGCCCCCUAAAGAGUACUCAUCUAUCUUUACAAGUCGCAUUGCCGGCCGGCCAUUUUAAACAC